AUGGUGGCUGACAAAGAUAACGAACUACCCGAAAAGCUCGAGCAAGAUCCCGAAAAGACCGACCAAGACCCCGAAAAGACCAACCAAGACCCCGAACAGCCCAAGCAAGAGCCCGAAAAGACCAACCAAGAGGCUGAAAUGCCCAAGCAAGAGCCAGCACCCAUGUACGAGCAAGAAAAGCAAGGUGGAAAGUGCUGCGGAGGAUGCUGUGACUAUCGCCGUGCCGUAGUGGUUCUAUGCAUCAUCUCUAUUAUCUUUACCAUCAUUGGACUUGUCAACCCUGCCCUAAAUGAUGCCUUCUCGUCCCAAAAAUACCCUGAAUUGGAAGAAAUUGUCAACUCUCACAAAGUCGCCCUUCUUGCCAUCGGCAUUAUUCAUAUUAUCAUGACUGUUGUCGCUCUUGUUGGUGCUAUCAUUUUCAAUUUCUAUGCGGUCGUCCUCUACGUCCUCUGGUCCAUCUUGAACUUGAUCGUCUCCAUCGUCCUUCAACAUCAAAUGGUGACAGAGUUGCUGGACUGGAUCGAAACCCAAACUGACGACGAAACCUGGUCGCCCAGCAACCAGGAAGAGCUUGAAAGAGCAAUCAAUUUCUAUAUGAUCGUCAGCUACAUCCUCACUGUGAUCUUCACUUUGUUGUGGUUGUACCCAUCUGUUUUCUUGUCUAUUGAAAUCAAGAAGGGAAUCAUGACCAAGGAGACUUAUCCUCGAGAGGAAAUGUCUUGCUGCUGUGUUUCUCAGAACCACAACUAA